AGAUGCCGAUGAUGUGCGGAGGAACCGGAGCGGUCAAAGCGGCCGACUCCACCGUCCAGGAGCUCUGCGAUCAGGUGAAGGCGGAGUUGGAGCAGAAACAUGGCAAACAGUUUGACACCUUCGUUGCCGUCUCGUAUAAAACCCAAUUGGUCAACGGAACAAACUAUUUUGUGAAGGUCCAGGUCGGUGAUGAGGAGUACUAUCACGUGCGCAUCCACAAAGCUCUCCCACACGAGCAGGGGAAGGUCACUCUGUCCACCUCCCAGACUGGGAAGACCAAGGAAGAGGAGAUCUCUUAUAUAUAAACUGAUUGGAG